GUGUGUGUGUGUGUGUGUGUGUGUGUGUGUGUGUGUGUGUGUGUAAGCUGAGAAAAAGACAGAAACGCAUCUCGUUUAGAUUAAUGAGGGGCUGCGCGCUCGGCCGCUGAACAUUAUGAUCACUGCUGUUUGAGGAGUGGCUCUGCAAAAGGUAGACGAGCAAUGUAAUUUCACCCAGGUGGUGCGUUCAGGUCUCCAGUGAUUGUAGUCUUUAUAAAGUCCCACGCAUUUCAUUUUGUAAAUGCAUGGGUGGCAAAUGUAGGCAGCUGAGGAAACAUCUCAGAAUAGGCAACCGUAAACCAGCAAUUGUGAUAUACAUAUUCAGAAUGUGGUUAUUUUGCUGUUCUUCCUUAUUUCUUGUUUAAUGUACUUGAUUAUAAUGUGAAAAGUCCUGCAGGAAAGUUUCCGUGUGCAYGCACUACUUAGUCCUCGGUUCACCUGCAGGAGGAGCUGUGGCUCGCUGCAGUCUCUCUGUAGCUGUGGAGCAGAAGAGAGAGAUCCCUUUUUUUCCUCCUUCAGUGGCAUGAAUAAUAUCCCCAGUGCCGGAGAGAAAGAGAGCGUAUCAAGAGGCGAAAGAUAGCCGUCGCUGUGACAGACAAGAGCGUGGCACAACUUGUCUUCCUGACGGCACCGUAGGGCCAGUGGUGGGGAAGAGAGAGCGAGUGGAGCAGAGUGUCAGGCUGCACAUCAAAAGCACACUCACACACUCACACAGAAACAGGGCAGAUCGCUCCAGGAGAAGUUCAGGGAGAGGACUGACCUCAGAAAGGUACAGUAUGAUCAUUUCUGCUGCAGCCGUGCCACCAUUUUUUUCAGAUCUGAAACAAUCAGAUGUGUGAUGUUUGCACAUAGUUUUCCAGGUGGGGUCGGCAGAAGUUCUGUUCGUGGUUUCUCCCGACCUGAGCCCUGUUGUCCUGUAGAGGAGCUGUGUGUCUCCCCUGCAGAGGAACUUGUCUCUGUGCUCGCAGAGACGAUGGGGGAGCUCUCAGUGAAAGACAAGGAGCUGAUACGAGACAGCUGGGAGAGCCUGGGCAAGAAUAAAGUUCCUCACGGGGUCAUCAUGUUCACCAGAUUGUUCGAGCUGGACCCUGAGCUCCCCAGUCUGUUCAACUACAGUAAAAACUGUGGUUCCAAACAAGACUGCCUCUCCAGUCCUGAAUUCCUGGACCACGUCACCAAGGUGAUGCUUGUGAUCGAUGCAGCCAUCAGCCACCUGGAUGAUCUUCACUCCUUGGAGGAAUUCCUGGUCAACCUCGGGAAGAAGCACCAGGCAGUGGGAGUCAGCACGCAGUCAUUUGCUGUGUUGGGGGAGGCCCUUCUCUUCAUGCUGCAGUGCAGCCUGGGCCAGGCCUACACGGCACCGCUGCGUCAAGCCUGGCUCAACAUGUACAGCAUCGUGGUGGCCACGAUGAGCCGAGGGUGGGCCAAGAACGAGGAGGACAAGGAGGACWAGGCCGACUGAGGCGCGCAGCGGGAGCUCCUGAGCAUUGGCUGUCAGAUCAUCAACAACGGUUGCCAUGGAAUAAGGUUGUGUAACUGUGCAGCACUGUGGCUUUGGCUGCUUUGCAUUUGCUCUGGGAGUUGGGUUGUUUAGAAUAACCAAUGUAUGGUGUAGUUACACUUUAAAUUCAGACCGGGUGACUGCAGAGUUUAUUUUCUUUGCCGUGGAAAUUUAGCUUCCAUCCAGUGCUGUUGUGAGAGUCCGAGUCAGCCGGCUAGAGAAGCAUCGGGGAUCACUUCUGAGUCUCUUUGUACAGAAUAGCUUUGAUAUAUAUUUACUCAAACAAUAACAGUGACUUUAGUGGUCUUUGUGGUGUAUCUUAAAAGAGCUGCACACUUUUAAAACUAUAUAAAUAACMUUUCAGCAUCACACACUCAAACUGUGACUGUUAACUGUGGUCAGCAACAGGCAGCUCUUUAUUCAUCUGAAACACUCAACCUUGUGGGACAAUGCAAUGUGAUUUCACAGAAAAAAUUCAGAUCUGACUGUACGCGUGUGUUUUUAGAAUUAAUGGUACACAAGUUAUUUUUGUUCAUGACUGUGUUAUUUGAAGUUUACUAAAUGUUAAUCAAAAGCUACUGACAAGAACUGUUAUACUUUCUGAUAGCUUUUAUUUUCAGUGAUUUACGACUGUUAAGGUGUCCGUGUACACCUUACUCAACGUGAGUUGUGAUCCUCUCCUCAUUUGAGGUUUUGAGUGUGUCAGUAGGCGUCUAAUGACUGUUAAAAUCAAACCAAUAGACUGUUACGUGAUCUUUAGCGUUUGACUGUGAAGGGCAAAUUGAAAGAGUUGUAACUCUGUUUCUUGGCUAGCAGUCUCAAUUUGUUGUGAAGUAAUUUUGCUGUGUUGUAGUUAUGCUCCUGAAUUGCAUUGUCGUGCUACAAAUGUAGUAUUACCUCUCAGAGUGGCCUGUGUUACUCAAACAUAUGUGAACGUGAGGCUUUGCAAUGAGCAUUUUCAAAUGCCUCCAUGACACUGUAUCAUCAACCUUAUUGGUGAGAAAGCCAAGUAAAAAAGUUGUGCCAAGUAUUAGAUAACACCAUUCAACUGUUAAUCCAAGCUACUGAUAUGUGGCUGUGUUUCCUUUUGUCCGUAUUUGUAUUUAUAAAGUUUAUUUUUAUAUUCUGAACUGUAUGUGUUGUGAAAUAGCAUUACCCAAAUGUCAAGCAACACAUCCAUCUGACAUGUUCUGAUCAGGUUACUUUURAUCAGAACUUGAAUAAUUUAAAGAAACCAUUCAGAUGUUUUAAAGUAGGGUUUUGUGAAAAUGUUCAUUUCUUUCCUGUUGUAGAUAAAUUUUUGGUCAACCKCAGUUUGRAUGAAGAGUUUGAUUAUGCUGAAAUGAUGAUCUAAUGGCUCAUCUAGGCAGAGCCUAGACCAAAGUGGACUACAGCUGCCUUUAAACACUUCCAAUCUCAUGGCUAAUUGAAGAGUUAAUCAAGCAGAAAUAUUAUAAUAUUCUGGCAAGCAAUGCUCCAGGUUGCACAAGRAGAGGUACAGCUAGCUGCUGUCGUGAUUUGUGCUUAUAUAAAAUUUUAUAUUGUGGGUAUUUUAAAUUACAGUUAAACAAAUGACACAAAGACAAAAUAUGUUUUACGUGGYCAUGCAAUAUUUACUUUUCUCUGAUAGAAGUAACAAAGAUACUUCUAUUAUUUAGUUAACUCUAAUGAAAAACAAAACAUAACAUGCUCUACAGAUGUUUUUUUCAUUAGUUAACAUUUUGACUCUAAGCAAAGUUCCUGUGGGACAGUGAGGCAUUAACUAACUAAAACRUUAAGAAUAACAUAAGGAUAGUUGUUGUUGUUUAUAGCCCACUGAAGUACACAGCACAGCUGCUGCCUAACGAUUAACAAGAUAACUUUACAUUUAGACUUUUAUAAUAUUUUUAAUUAAAAAAAGUUUACAACCUUCAAAUUAACUUAUAUAAACAAACCACAACUAAACCUGUGCUGAAUCUAUAUCAGCAAAUAAUACAAACCACAUUUAAUUUACCCCUUUAAAACAUUAAAGUCAAUAACAUUGCGGAAGAAACAAGCAUUAGCACUGUUAGCUGCUGUCUACACCCCAUAGAAAAAAACGUUAGCAGAAUGCUAAUUUUUUCAAAACACUCAAGCAGUGAAAACAUAUUUUCUUGAUAUUUUACAACAAAGAAGUUAAUUUACUUACAUUUUUUUAGAUGUUUGCUCAAUGUUACGUCUGUUUUCACAAAGUCCUUCAGAACAAUACAGUAGUAAAUAAUCUAGAGCCUCCUAGUAGAUUGCAGGGAGUCAUUUCAACAUCUUGCCUCUACCAAAGAAGAAUCACUUUUAUCUUUUCACAGUUUAUCUUUUUUAAUAAAGCUUUUAUCACUUUAUUAAAAUAAUAAAGUGAGUAGUUACAAACUUUUAUUUGGAAAUGGAAAAAAUAAAUGAGUUAUACAGUUUUAAUUUUUCAAAUUUGUGUUCAUGUUCAUCGCUGUGAAAUUUUUGAGAAUAGCUUUGUUUUCAGAUGGUAGCAUUCCAGUUUGGUCUUGGCCACCAACRAGCCUUUACAUCCUCAGUCCAGUUCAAAUUAAACUUUAUUUAGACAAAACGAGAUUGCUCGAAGAACAAUCUACAACAGAUAAUAAAUGUUCACSACCUUUCCACAGAACCCSACUUCAAAGCAUUUAAACCAUUGCUUUAAUGUGCAAUUCUUAUGGAAACUGUAAAACCAGGGUUUUCUGUUGGAACUGUUUUAUCCAGUCUGUACUCGGACCUCCCCACAGGUGUAAUGUUUAACUGUCUGCAUUUUGUAGUAACUCUUUUUCCUGUAAGUAUCAGUUAGCAGCUCUAUGCAGCUUGUUUUCUGCCACAUUUCUGUUUUAAACUGACAGUAAGCGUUUUUAGGUGACAUGUUUCAGUGUGUAUACUGUCUACCUCAUCAUUAUCAGCUGCUAUCGAACAGUGAUGAUUUCACCUAGUUAUCAACCAAAAACUCACAUUACUGUUAGAGUUGUUACAAGCACUUGUAGUAAAAGAAAUCCCUUAUUCCGGUUCAAAGAACAUGCUAUGUGUUUACCUUAUACUAAAUAAAGUGAUCUGUGGGUAUUUCACUGCUAAACGAGGUCGGCGUGUUUUUCACAGGCCACAAAGUCGUCGGCUUUUCAGACCAAUCACACGAUGCCCGACUUCGUUCCCGCCGACGGGCCGUCCACGAGUUACGUAAGAGCCGAGCGGUGAGUCGGCUCGUCGCCUUCAGCUGCAGAGACGAGGGCGACUUCAUGCCCGUCAGCACGCUUUACUCAUGCAGCUGUGCAACGCCACGACGUUUGCAGAAUGUCUCACACACACACACACACACACACACACACUCAGUUUGGUUUUGUUCCUGCUAAAGUCCAGUCCAUGAGUUGGCUGACUGUUCUGCUGAAGUGGCCUUAAUCUGUCUCUCUGUGCAGCCCCACAGUGUCUGCCUGUACCAGARCGGUCUGCUGGAUUUGUUUUGCCUUCAUGCUCCACGUCUUGGUGCAGUUUGUCUCAUCGCUGGGCUCCACGGYCACUCGACUGUUUCGUUUCCAACUCAAACUGAAACAUCUGAUAAGCUGCUGCCUAAAAAAAAAUCACUUUCUUAAACGAGCAAUAAUUAAUUAAUCAGGUCCUAUAGAUGCUUACCUGUGCUCGCCAUCAGGGCUGUCAUCUGGAGGGGAGUCUCAGAAAAGACGACACGCGUUUUUAGAAAGUCUGCAACGUGUUUUAGAGUCAAGGGGGACAUUGAAUGUUGUCAUGGCAACUAUUAAGUGAUGGCCGUAUAUGUGUGUGUGUGUGUGUGAGCUUGAUGGAGAAGGAAAGCAAAGCAAAGCUCGCUCAAUCACUCAUCCUAAAACGACACAGGAGAACCUCGCCGCUGCAGCACAAACCUGCCAGGCAACCACCACAAUAAUCCAGUUAGGCUUUUUUUCUUUCACAUGGCUCAUAUGAUGGAUUAGAAACUACUUCCUGCAGCAGGAGGCUGAGACAUUUUCUAUUCUGAGCAUCUGGGCAGGAGAGAGGCAGGCUGCACUCCCAGAGGAAUUCACCUUUCACAGAGACAGGCUCCCGGCAGUUGCCACGGGGGACAGGGGAAAUGUCAAGUUGUCUUUUUCUCCUCUUCUUUCAUAACUCAAAGCACUGAAGAAGUCCUGUGUUUAAUAAAAGGCAGGCUGUGUUUCUUCCCUUCUGAAAAUCCUUUAAUUGCUGCAGGAAAAUGCUAUCUUACUGGUCAGAGUUUGGUGUUUCUUAGAAAAAAAACCUGUCAUUUCUACAUUUGAAAAGCAUCUAAUUUAGUGAGCGCCUGCUGCUGCCCGACUUACCCACAUUCCUCCUGUACAGAAGGUUGUCUCAGGAGUGGUUUGUAUGCAGACACACACCUCGCAGCCAACGUGUGCUUCGAUUCUUGAAAAGCCUUUUCCACUAAAAAGAGGACAUGGAGUCUGAGACGAUCAGCAGGURCAGACUGGCCCGUUUUAAACAAACGACAGAAGUUAUGUUUAUCUGUUCCCGUCGAGCAGUAGAUGACUGAUUUCUGUCUGUUAAAUAUACGUCCACCAGGCUGGACAGAAAUAAUCUGCUUUCCAGGAACUCUGAAAUCCCGCUGGUUAGUACAUCACUUUUUUUCCCUCCUCUAUCAUUAUGUACAAAAAUCAUGAGUAAAAAUUUAAGCAAAGACCAUUUCUUCACCAGCUGCAGUAGGACCACAAAUUGUUGUUCUUAAGCUUCAGUUUUUGUGAAUAAAAUAAGCAGAUGCUCAUCCUGGUUUCUUCAAAAUCUCAGCACAAGAUUUUUUAAACAAAUGUAAAAUGGUUUCUUUGAACAUCUGACAUAAAUUAAUAGCGGUAAAAACUUUCCUGAAGAGAAUGUACAGUACAUGUUCUUUUCACAGCAGAAGAUUGUAACUAGAAAUACAGACCACAAUAAAGUAAGUGGACUGAGCCAAAUCCGUUUAAAUUGUGAAAUUGAAUACUCUCUCUCUUGGACAUACGUAAAACAAACCACAGACUCAAACUCUAAAUAACAUGUUUAUGGUGUUAAAGAGAGGGGAAAAUGGGAAAAACCGAUAGACCUCAAACAGACAUACUGUACAGAAACAUUUCUGGUUACAAGAAAACCAUUUCCGCAAAAAAAAAGGAACAAUCUGUGCACGGUCAUUAUAGAACUACGUAUAUCCCAAUUCUUUUUAAUUGAAAUUUUCCAAGAAAAAUGAAGCAAUCUUUUAGUAAACAAACCCACAGGAGAGGCUGAUGACUCACUUCUUGGUCCCAACAGCUUUUGUCAGUGAAGCCACAAAGUUUGGCUUGAAUUGAAGCAAAAUAUGGAAUAAUUUGAUGUCAUUUUACAAGAGUUUCAACUUAAAUUUCUACAAAAUGAUUCACACUCAGUCAGAUGACAAAAUAAAUACAGGUCUACACUUACAAGAAGCAAAUUAUUUUGGUGAUAAUCUCCAAAUAAAUGUAGUUAUUUGUAUUUUCUUUCAUGAGGAUUGUUCUGUUUGUAUAAGACUAGAAGAAGGUGGUUUCUGCUCGUGUCUAUAUUAAACCAAAGAAGCCCGGAAUCAAUACUUUUUUUCUGAUGAAUUUUGUAUUUGUAGCUUUCAUCUGCAGCAUAUUUCAGGCCGUGCUGGAUUGUCAUUCAGAAACGAGGAAUAUUCCUUCAAGGCACAGCAUGAACGUCGACAACAAUCAGCGAGCAUGA